UAAAUCUAAAUCGGCGAGCAGCAGCGGAGUGUCUGCAAUUCAGUGUCACCUGCUGCAGAGAGAGAGAGACCGACUCCUGCUCGGUAAUCCUGAACUCCAUGGACGGACGAAAAACGCCCAAACCUGGAUUAUGGUUCUGAUCUAAGAUUUCUCCAUAAGACAUGGUGCUACCUGACAAAACCUCCAGACCGUCUGCUCUCAAGAAGGUCCCCCAUCAGCCCACCAAGCCCCGUCACCCAAGCCUGCCCUCCCCGGCACUCUGCUGCGCGUGCGGACUCUGCAUCAUGCUUGCUGGCAUCAACAUCACCCUGGUGGGAGCUUUCGCCUUUAGCACCUUCAUCCCUUCUGGUAACCCCCCCAUCAUCAUCGGUCCUCUCCUCUUACUGAUAGCCCUGGCCUUUUUCACAGCCUGCUGCGUGGUCAGCAGGAGGCCGCCCACCCACACUGGGUGCCGUAAGGCUAGAGGAGGAGAGAAGUGGGGGCUCGUGCGGAUGGGGACAGCAGCAUUUGAGAUGGAGGCCAGCGAGCACACCCUGCAGGACACUACGGCUGUUCAGCUCAGCCCCACCAACUCCCCCACUUCAUCCCACAAGUCCUGUUCCAGCCACGUGGGCAACACUGCUCCACCCGGGUGUCAGGAUAGAGCUGGGCUGAUGCUUCCAUCAGAGGCGGCUGUCAUGGGUGUCGCUGGAGAUAACCCCGCUUCCACACAGAUGCUGCCCACUCAGAGCACUUACUGAACAUAUUAAGGACAUACUUCCUCAACCAGGCUGUUUUAUUUGUGUAUUUUUAUUUGCUGUUUUUGGGUGGAAAUGUGUUGUAUAAAAAAUCUGAUUGUUGCUUAAUUGGUGAUUUCUGUCGCUGAAUCUUUAUUGCUCAGCAGGAUGUAUUUUAUUAAUCCAGAACAGAAACAGGAGCAGAUGAUACCUCAAUCUAAGUGCCUGUUUGUAUACUGCUUGUUGUAUAAAACAGAAUAUCCUGCAUUCAUGUUCUCCUGUGUAUCCACUGUGGUUAGUGCCUGUCACCUUAUACAUCGGUGAAAAGAAGAUGAGUGUGUCCAUCGAGCUUCUCUGAGUCAUGAAAGCUGUUCCUGUGUAAGACUGGUAAAAUCACACACACUUUUUCACACAUGUUUUUUUAAAUGCUUGCAGUAAAAAAUGAGUCAAGAUGAAUAUUGAGGAACAAAUAAGUAAAUGUGCAUAUUAUAGUGUCAUUUUUAUAUUUUUAUGCAGCAGAUAUUACUUGUUUUGGGCACAUAAAGUUGAUAUUUCCUUUGAGAGUCAUUUGGUGUUUCUGUUUAAAAAAAAAAAAGCAUUCAAUUCUAAUGCUGAUUUUAUGGUGCGGUUAAAAAAAACAAAAAUAUGACUGAACAAAAUGAGUCAUUUUGUGGGACAUGCUUGGGAAAAAAAAGCCAUAAAAAGACACAAUGGCACACAUGUCAUCAGAAAGGCACACAGGUUGUGAAGAUAGCCCAUUCGUUAUCGGAGAAACAGAUGCCUGUUUACUCAUCGUUAUACAUCUGCCGUCCACAAACACAGCAAGACACACACUGUGAUCCUGCACAGGACUCUCAAAGAGAGAUAACAGAGCAGCCACUGCAUGCCUGCUGUUAUUACAGUCUAGUUUGUUUGGGGAGUAUGUUUGGUGUCUGUAUUCAUCCACGGAGUCUACGGAAUAAGAUUGCUAGUGUUUGUUUUAACAGGCGAACAAAUGCUGACAACCUGCAUUCAAUUCACUAAACUAGAGAUUAGGUCAUGAUGCUCUAAAUAA